AUGGCCUCCUCCAUUUCCUCCAGUCCCAUUGUUCUCAAAACUUCCGACAAACCUUUCUACACCUUCGACUUAGCCGUCGUCGCCACCCUUUUCGACCUCUGGUCUCAUUCCCUCCCCACCGUCCACCCUUUCUACGCCGUCAAAUGCAACCCCAACCCGGACCUCCUCGCUGCCAUGGCCGCCCUCGGCUCCAAUUUCGACUGUGCUAGUCGGGCCGAAAUCCAAUCUGUUUUAGUCCUGGGCGUCUCACCUGACCGAAUCGUUUUCGCCAAUCCUUGCAAACCUGAAUCCCAUAUUGAAUAUGCCUCUUCCGUCGGCGUUAACCUUACCACUUUUGAUUCUGUCGACGAAAUACAGAAGAUCCGACGAUGCCACCCAAAAUUCGCUCUGUUGAUUCGGAUUAAACCAUCCGACGACGGGAGCGCUCGAUGCCCAUUGGAAAACAAAUACGGCACGCUGCCGGAAGAAAUUAUCCCUCUUCUCCAAGCUGCUAAAUCGGCUGAACUCUCCGUCGUUGGCGUGUCAUUUCACAUUGGAAGUGGGGCUACUGAAACAUGUGCUUAUUCAGCCGCCAUUGCCGCUGCUAGAGGGGUUUUCGAAACGGCAGUCCGACUUGGUCUGCCUCCAAUGAAUGUGCUCAAUAUCGGCGGCGGAUUCACCGCCGGACCCCAAUUCGAAGAAGCUGCGGGGGCAGUAAAGUCGGCCAUAAAAGAGUAUUUUCCAGAGGAACUGAAUACCAUCCUCAUAGCUGAACCGGGGCGGUUUUUUGCGGAAUCGGCUUUCACUUUAGCCGUCCACAUCAUCGGAAAACGGGUGAGGGGAGAUCUGAGGGAGUAUUGGAUUAACGAUGGGAUUUAUGGGUCAAUGAAAUGUAUACUAUACGAUCAUGCGACGUUGAGUUGCAAGGCGUUGGCAGUGAAAUCAAACCGGGAAAACCCCACGUGUGGCGGAGGGAGAAUGCACAGGUCAAUCGUGUUUGGCCCCACGUGCGACGCUUUGGAUACAGUUCUGACCGGAAAGCAGCUGCCGGAUUUGGAGGUGGGAGAUUAGUUGGUUUUUCCGAAGAUGGGGGCUUACACGGCAGCAGCAGGAUCCAACUUCAAUGGGUUUAACACGGCGGCGAUUGAGACUUAUAUUGUGUACUCCGAAUAGGGAAACGGCACCGUAAUGGAAUGAAAUCUUUCUUUGGUUAGGUUAUCUUAUGGUUUAGGGUCAAAAGAAGGAUUCAGUCAAUGUCUACAUCACAUAUAUAUAUAUAUAUAUAUAUAUAUAUGUAUAUAUAAUGCACAUUUGAGUGUAAAGGCAAUGUUUAGAUCUAUACAUUGAUCUUCAUUUUUUCUCGUGGAAAAAAAGAAAAAAAGGAGAAAUGUUGA